AUGUGCGAUGAUUCAGACAAGAUUCGACGAGAUAAUCUGAAGCUGACAGCAGAGAACAAAGCACUGAAGCGGCAAAUUACCCUGCUUAAAGAAAACGAGGAGCUACGUAGCAUGCUAUCCUCUAACUGUGCACCAUUGAUCGGACAGAAAGCAAACUGUUACUCAAAUCUUAGUCAUUCCAACACAGCUGCAAUGACACGAGGUUCCACAAUGUGCAGCUCCCCAGAGCAGACAAGCACCAGUGAGACACUGGAUCAUCACAACCGGCAGCCGAGCCCCACCCUCGAGAACCUGCUCACCCUCUCUUUGUCAGACGAUGUGCACUCUGUGAGCUUCAAUGCCGCAACACAGCCAGCAAAGUCCUCCAGCUACUGCCGUACCUCAGAGCUGUUUGAGACCAGCACCCCUGAUGCUUUGGGCAGCUCCCAGGAAGAGGAAGUGAGCAAACAGUUGGUCGACACCGAGACCCGGCCCAGCACCAAGAAGAUGUGGUUUUCAGAAACAGCUACGUCGGAUGAAUCAAAAAAGCUGUUUCUUGAGGAGGGGAACAAAACGCGAGUAUUUUAUGUGAAUGAGAUGGAUUCCUUCUCAAAUAUGGAGAAAAACAGUCGUGUCAUUGGAGAGAUUGCAUUCCAACUUGACCGGAGGAUUCUUGCACACGUAUUCCCAGGAUUAACCAGACUGUAUGGAUACACCGUGUCCAACAUCCCAUCAAAAAUCAAACAGAAUUCCAUCAAUCCCAUGGAUGGCACAGUGGAUAAACAGAAAUGGAGGGAAAUGACACAGUGUUACACAGCCCUGUUGUCAAAACUCGAGAAACUCAACUAUAACACAGACAUCCAUACUGGCUUCAGUGAGUUUCUGGUUAACACCUACGGGAUUCUCAAACAGCGUCCAAAUGCCUACACCAACAUCACCUACAACCCCAUCAUUCUACGCAAACUCGUCAUCGACAUGGUCCCUGCUAAGUUUCUCCGGGACACACUGGUUUUGCUGAACUGUCUGUGUGAGCUAUCACGUAAUGACAAGAAACCCUUGUUUCCGUGGUGA